AUGCCUAUCGAACACUACGGCGUCUGGCGAGGCACCAUCACCCAGUGGUUUCCCGACCAGAAGGAUGACGACCACGGCCACAUCUCCUUCACAGACGACAGCGGCCGCGAGUUCGACUGCGCCGUCAACGUCUCCUCGCUGUCUCCGGACUCCCGCCUCGUCUACUGGUUCAACACAAACUUCCAGCACCCCAUCACCGCCCGCCUCGCCGAUCUGUCCCGCGAAUUCCGCUCGCUGGAUGGCCCUCUAGAUCAGGGCCCAGACGGCCUCGCCCUCGACUUCCUCCGCGACAAUCUCGUCCGCAUUCAGGAUGGCAUCAUUCUCGGCCACGACGGCCUCGGCGGCAAGAAGGAUAUCCUCGACUACCUCGAUCCCAUCCUGACCCAGGCUAAGCAGGCCUCCGCUGACAUCUUCCUCUUCGGCCAGCUCUACUGGCCCAAGAAGGACGGCAUUCACGACAUUCAUAUGAACCAGGGCAGCGCCGACUUUACCGACGCCUCUGGCCGCCUACGCCGCUUCUCCCAGCAGAACGGCAUCUGGCAGGACGGCGGCAUCAUCUUGCGCUUCCCUGACGAUGGCCACUGGGAGGCCAUCUUCCUCGGCUUUGCCAGCCAGGCUAGCCAGACCGAUGACGAUGGCCAGCCGGCCGGGCCGACAUUCGCGCAGGUCUUGGAGCAGCCGCCUCCUGUCACCCCCGGGGGUGCAGGUGGAGGGGAGGAUGACGAGGUAUCUGGGUUCGUGUCUAUCCAGGCUGCACUGGUGAACCCAAUCGGACCGGAUGGAAACCCGACUUCCGGAGAGAAGGAACAUGUUUUCUUGAUGAACACGAGCACGGAGGCGGUUUCGAUAGCUGGUUGGACAAUUGCCAAUGGGGCUGGCCAGAGCUUCAAGCUUCCUCAAGGAACGGCCAUCCGUCACCAAGACAAGGAGAAUAUCACCAUGCCGCAGAAUGUCCCACUAAGCAAUAAGGGCGGCUCAAUCGUUCUCAAAGGACGCAGUGGGCAAGUCGUUGACAAGGUGGAAUACAGUCGAGAACAGGCACAGGUCGAGGGUCGGCUAUUGUACUUCAAGCAGAGAUCUUGA